GUAAAGUAGCAUGGAUGUACAGCCCUUUUGCUUGGGUGUUCCACAAUCUUCAAGCUGCAACUACAAGCAGUGUUACAAAAGCUUUGCUGAAUGCUAAAAGACAAGUGGGAUUUUGUCACGCAUACUCCACACUAGUGAACAAGCCAUUCUCCACAAAGUUGGAUAUUCAAGACGAGCAAAACUCAGUUGUGAGUAAUAUUUUUAUGUGAACAGCCACAUUCAGAGCACAGGACUGAUGAGCAGCAUGGAACAAACAGCGCAGAUCCUGUUAUAUAUCAAACCAGAAGACGUUGCAACAUUCAAGCAAGGGAUCAACUUUCUAAGGAAUAAGGAGGAUGGGAAAAAUUACAUAAUUUAUGUGGAUGGAGAAAAAAAACAAGCGUGCAAGAAUUUGUGCAAACAUCAAGGGGGAACCUUUAUUAAAGAUAUCGAGGACCUGAGCAACCGGACAGUCCGUUGUACAAAACAUAACUGGAAGCUUGAUGUGAGCACAAUGAAAUAUGUCAAUCCACCAGACAGCUUCUGUCAGGAAGAACUAGUUAUCGAGACAGAUGAAAAUAAUGGUAUUUCCCUUGUUGAAUUAAAUCCCCCAAAUCCAUGGGACACUGACCCACAAAUUCCUAAAGAGCUUGCAGAUGAGGAGGUGCAGAUAACAUAUCUUACUCAUGCAUGUAUGGAUCUAAAACUUGGUACCAAACAAAUGGUAUUUGACCCUUGGCUAACUGGACCUGCCUUUGCUAGAGGGUGGUGGUUGCUUCAUGAACCACCAAAUGACUGGCUGGAAAGACUUUGUCGUGCUGAUUUAAUAUAUAUAAGCCACAUGCACUCUGAUCAUCUCAGCUAUCCAACGCUAAAAAUAUUGUCAAAGAAAAGACCAGACAUUCCAAUCUAUGUUGGGAACACUGAACGGCCUGUUUUUUGGUACUUGAACCAAAGUGGCAUUAAACUAACCAACAUUAAUGUUGUACCAUUUGGAAUUUGGCAACAGGUUGAUGAGGACCUACGUUUUAUGAUAUUGAUGGAUGGAGUACACCCAGAAAUGGACACUUGUAUCAUUGUAGAGUAUAAAGGUCAUAAGAUACUGAAUACAGUAGAUUGCACUAGACCUAAUGGUGGAAAGUUACCAGCAAAUGUUGCACUUAUGAUGAGUGAUUUUGCUGGUGGGGCAUCUGGUUUCCCAAUGACAUUCUCUGGUGGAAAAUAUACAGAGCAAUGGAAGUCACAGUUCAUUAAAACUGAGAGAAAGAAGCUACUUAACUAUAAAGCCCAGCUUGUAAAAGAUCUAAACCCUGGUAUUUAUUGCCCUUUUGCUGGCUACUUUGUAGAGGCUCACCCAUCUGACAGAUAUAUAAAGGAAACCAACAUAAAAAAUGAUGCUGCUGAACUCAACAACCUUAUCAAUAAAACGUGUGAAAUUGUUACAUGGACACCAAAGCCUGGAGCAGUACUUGAUCUUGGAAAAUGUCUGAAAAACCCAACCGAUAGGAGCUGUAUAGCUGACCCACCACCUGGUACUAAGAUCUUAAAAGAUCUGUGGGACUUCGAAACCUACUUGGAUGAAAUAGCUUCAUCUUUUAAUGAUGCAAUAUUUCUGUACCCCAGCUGGAUCAAAGAAUACUUCACUUGGGCUGGAUUCAAAGGUUAUAAUCUUGUCAUCAGGAUGAUUGAAACGGAUGAAGAUUUUGUUGCUUUGCCCAAAGGCUACAACUACUUGGUCGACUUUUCAGACCUAUCAUUUCCAACAGAAAGGCCAAGCCGAGACCAUCCAUAUGAGGAAAUAAAAACUCGUACAACAGUCAUGAGACAUGUAGUGAAGAAUGGACUUUUGUGGGAUGAUUUGUAUAUCGGAUUUCAGACACGACUACAGCGGGAUCCUGACAUUUAUCACCACCAAUUUUGGAAUCACUUUCAGAUCAAGCUGCCUGUAUCACCACCUGACUGGGACUCAUUCCUGAAACGGGAAAAAGAAAACGGAGUACCAAGCAACAGCUGCAGUACGAUGUAGCCUAUGAACUUUUGUCAAUUUAUGAGGAUCUACUUAAAGGUGGUUUCAUUCCUCUCCACUCUUCCCUUCAAUCAAGCCAUUACAGUUUUCAGAAUAUCUUCUCCUGGUUCAAAGAUUCCUGUUUACCUCGUCCAUCUCUUCGUCAAGGAAUUAAAAGAAGUUUCUUCAUUUCCGGCUGGAUUUUGAUUCUUCUGUUGGUUUUUCUCCUAAUGAUGGAACUUUCAUCUGUUAUUUUAAAUUUUUGUUUUUUCAGCAUCAGACAAGAAAGAGGAAGUUGGGGAACUUAUUGGACAGUUUAUGGAAGCUAUGACUCAUCUUACGUUUUGGUAAACGUACCAUAAACAGCUGUUUUUGAACCGUGGGAAUUAGAGGCUCUACAUAUCCCUAACUUAGAACACUGUCAAAAAAAUGCUCUAAGAGGAAUGUUUUAGUGACAUUUUAAGAAAAUUAUCCCUUCAAAAACACCAUUUUGUGGACAUUUAAAACAAGUGACAUUCAACUUCAAGCUGUUAUAUAUUCACUGUGAUCCACAUAGCUACACUUUAAGACUGUAAUAUAUCCGCUGCUAUUUGAAUAGAGGAUACUUUCUCUGGAGAUUGGUUUUAAAUUUUGGACAUCCAUCCAUGGAGUCCAUAUUUUAGUAUUUUUUAGUAUUUUUAUACCACCAGUGGUCUCCAUUUUUAUUUUUAUUUUAUUUUUUUCAUUUUGUAUGAAUGGAUUAGUGUGAUUGUAUUUGCUAUGACUGUACUACAUUGCAUAGAGGAACAAAUUAUAAUAUUGUACUUAAUAAAUUAAUAAUUUUGAACUUC